UUGUCGCGAACCGUAUUGCUUGCUCUUGCUGUGCGUGUGUAGCGUCUGUGUUACAUCAAGUGUGUAUUGUGUAACUGCCGUCCGUCACUCAUCCUGUCGUCAACCAUCACGUGAAACAGCAGACAGAACACAGGGAACGUUGCGAGUUGUAUCAAGAACCCAAAUUUGGCGAGGGCUUGGAAGUACUUUUGAGUUCCUUUUGAAACUUACUUGAAGAGUUCCAACGAACAGCAACCAACAGAAAAAAAAACACACAGCACAGUGAAAAUGUCUCUUGUUCGUCAAAACUAUGCCGAGGAAUGCGAGGCUGGCGUCAACCGUCAAAUUAAUCUUGAGCUCUAUGCGAGUUACGUUUACUCCUCAAUGGCUUUUCACUUUGACAGAGAUGAUGUAGCUCUGCCAGGUUUCCACAAGUUCUUCAAGAAACAGUCUGACGAAGAGCGGGAGCAUGCUGAGAAACUGAUGAAGUACCAGAAUAUGAGAGGGGGGAGAAUUCUACUCCAGGAUAUCAAGAAACCUGACUUGGAUGAAUGGGGCACUGGUUUGGAUGCAAUGACGUCUGCUCUGAAGCUGGAAAAAAGUGUGAACCAAUCACUGCUUGACCUGCAUAAGAUUGCUGACAGCAAAAAUGAUGUUCAACUGGGAGACUUCUUGGAGGGUGAGUUCUUGAAGGAACAAGUGGAGUCGAUCCGUGAGAUCUCGGACUUUGUGACACAACUGACCAGAGCGGGGUCAGGCCUGGGAGAGUACACCUUUGACAAGGAAACUCUGCAAGAGCAGGAGUAGCCUGAGGAGUGAAUGUACCUCAUGUUGUUGUUGGGCUGAUCCAUGUGAGCUCUGUAGUUUGUGAGCUAAGAAAAAGUGUGAGGAGUUUUUUUGGUUUUUUGAUAACCAGAGUCUUAUAGCAUCUGUGUGUUUUAGCAUCUUUGCAAUGAAGAUUGUGACGGUUCUGGGUUUAUGACUUAACUACUGCACGACCAUUCUCUCAGAAAUACCAAAUCUAAACCAAGUAUGACCUCCCUUCUUUGCUCCACUUUUCUUUCAAAAGAUGUACAAUAUCAUGUCUCUUUCUUGUGCUUCCUAUGUAGUCUACUACUACUCCUUUUCUUAACUGUUAUCAGAACCUUAGUUUGUUGUGCUGAGGAAUGUGGCUGUUGUUCUACCGACAUGUGAGCUACACGUCCACUCAUAUGACUCCUGACUGAAUUCUUUCGAACUGGCUCAUUGUUUGAUCUGUUAUAGUAGUACCGUACUGCGAGAAAGACGAAUAGCUCACGGUUUUGUUAGUGAGUUGUGGACAAUUACAGUAACAGAAGCACAAUUAAAUAAUUAUGUUACGAUGGUGCAGUAGACUUUUUAUUUUCAUAUUUCACUACUCGCAGAUAAAACCAUUGGCCAACUGUUUUGAUGCAGUGGGGUACUAUGAUUAAAUUGGAAUCUAUCUGUAUUUGACUGGUGAUUAUUAUAUAUAUAUUUUUAAAAUUGUUUUCAAUGUGUGAAGGGUUGUAUCUGUAUUGGUGUCAUGCAUGGCUGUGCUAUGGAUAACUUCACCGUGAGUCCUGGUUCAGUUUGUCUUGUCUUGAAUGUUUUGUUGUAUUUGGAGUUCUCACUCUGCUGCUCCCACUUGGUUGUUAGGAUUGGAGGCCCCGCCUCUCUGAGUAGUUCAUCUUGUUGAUUUCUGUUGAAAGGGGUUUUUUCCUGGAACUGUGCAAUUCCAUACCUGUGUGCUAAGAUAUUUUUUGGACUACCUAAUUGAAUGCUUUUGAGAAAAGAUACCUAAAUGUUUUCACUUCAGCUGCAGGGAUUUUUUAAAUUGUCAAGAUAUCAUCGCCCUUGCAAUAAGACUAGUUAACCCACAAAAUAUAAACAUUUUCUAAAUUUGACAAAUGGAUUGCAAAUUAUCCAUUUCAUAUUUUCACACUAGGUUGCUGGAUGAGGAAACCUAAUGAGUUUUUUGCUCCACCUGUAAACUUUACUAUGCUGGAGUUACCCAGUCAUAUUACAAGAAGAGGGAUGAUAUGGUGCAUUCUGUUUUCAGUAUCAGUCGAUUCCUCAGUGCCAUAUUGUUACUGAAAAAAUAAGUGCACUGCCAGGUAUUUACAGUUUGGAGUAAUUAUAGCAUGACAUUUUACUCUUUCUUUGUUUUCUUUUUAGUACUGAAUAAGUAUUAAUUUGUUUUGAAUACCAUAUUUAUUUUUGUGGUUGGUAUUUUUGGUGCCAUUGAAGAGUGUUCCUUCUAUCUUUUGUGAUUCUUUCAUAGAGCAAUAACUGUUGUGUGUUGGGAUUGCAUAUCACGUAGAUUUCUAUUUAGGAUCGAAAAACUUACUGUUCAAACUUUAUUUUACUGCAUUCGUUUUGUAUGUUUUUGUUUAUUUUUUCUGAAAAUUUUCAUUUGUCACAUAUAGCAAAUAAUUAAUUUUUUCCUUCAUGCCCUUCAUCACAUUAGUAUUUUAUGUGGCAAGGUUUUGCUUUGUGACUAGGAAGAUAAUGGUAAUGAUAAUAAUGAUAAUGAUUAUAAUUUGGGUACCAAUGAUGAUGAUGAUAAGAAUAAUAUCACAAGUAAUAAUACUGUUAGUAAUGAUAGUUAUGAUAAUGGUUGUAACAGGAACAAUGAAUGAAUACAGGAAUAAUAACGGUAGUAAAAGAUCAUUUUAUCACAGUCAUGACAUUCCAAACAAUAAUAAGUAAAAAAGGGGGCUGCAAAAGAGAUAAUAUUGAAUUAGCAUAAGAAGAAAGGUACAGUGUCUAGAGAGGAUCAUGAUCUCAUCCGUCAAGUGUGUUUCCGUGACUCCUGGGGACCACUGGAACUUGUUGUAUCACUCGUGUGUCUUUUGACAUAUAUUUUAGACUGAGACUUUAUUUGAUUCUAUAUAUAUUAAUAUUGAGAGUUACAGGGAUUUACAUUCAUCAAGAGACAGUUUACAUUUCUUUGUUUGUGAGUAUAGGGACUUGGAUGUGUUGUGACAUAAUGAGUUGAAUGUUCUUUGCUUCCGUUUCCCUCGUGUUGAGAGAUGAGAUGAAUCUCAGAUGUUCCUUUGAUUGUUUAACACUAUUAUUGUUAAUGUUAUUUAUUUACCACAUCAGUUAUGAGCAGCAAAAUAUACUAGGCAUUAUUUUGGAAGAGCAGCCUGCAGUGCAGUGUAGCGUUGUGAAAAUGUAUGUCCUCAAAGUUUUAUUAGUGACCUUUUUUGGUCCCUUUUUUGUGUGUUCAGUAUUUAAAUGCAUUUCAGAUUCUGUUUGUAAUGUUUUUCUUAAGUCUGAGGUGAAUGUUAGAUUUGGAAACCCUGCCUCUCAAAAAGCUCAGUUGUGUUGAAAAAGGCAUUAAUCCCAUACACUUACUUUCAGUCAUAUCACUUUUUACUAUAUGCUCUGAAUAUGUUGGAGUUGAUUCUGUGCUAAUGGUAUUUUUGUGUUAUUUGAGUAAACCAUGACUUCAGGAAGUACUUAUUGAUAUUACAUUAUUUUUAGACGUCCAGGGGUAUUGUAGAUUUUUACUUUUGACAAGUAAGUCUGUUCUUUAGAAUCUCAACUGAUUGUGGAGUGGUUUUUCAUUCUUUUUUUCUUUUUUGAGGAAGUGUGUUCUGUGAGUGUGUGCUCCGUGCUAGUUUUUGUCUCCGUAGCUCUCCUUGAAUUUGCUGCUGUUGUCCCAUCUGUUCCUGACCUGUCUUAGUUUACCAGAACUUGAGUGAAAACUGGAAGUUUUUCUGAAUGUUUGAUGGUCUUGACUUGUUUGUGAAUAUCAAGAUUAUAUCAGAAUAAAAUACUACUCUCGUUAUGUUUAGAGUUAUGUUCU